UCCGUGUCAGUCAGUGGGCCGAAAGAGGAGAGUUAAAUGUUUGAGGUGAGUGCAGUGUGUACCCAGGUCAGAGUUGCUUAGAAUUGUGUGCUGAUGGAUGAUGUUUUCUCAGUGAAAUGUACUGCAAAGUUCUCCGCAUAUUACUAUCUGAAACAGAAAAAUUGUAUGGAGAAAUGAUCUCAUCAGUUUUUUUUUUUUUGUUAAUGGUUUGAGCAAAAGAUCAAAAGUUUGUAGUGGCAACAUUAGUGGAUAACCCAUAAGAAAACCCUAAGGAAAUUCAUGACAAACAAAUAUUGAGUGAUAUUGAACACAGGGAUUGACUGACUCUAGCAUGCCAAAAAAAUCAAUAUUCAAAUAACAACGCAUACAUCAAAUCUCCAUCUCCAAAUCUCCAUCUUAUUAAACACAGCCACAGUUUGGAACUCUAUAAAUGCCUAUGAUCCAAGGCAACCUGGAUACAAAGAUAAUAGGAGGCUCAUGCGCUCAAACUGUCCCUUCCCUUCUCAGUCAAGACUUCAUCUGUGGUGGGUAGCUUGGUACUAAUGGUUGCUAAGGAGAGCCUGAAAACACUGGACAGAGAAGGUAAAUUGGCUGAGAUUUGGUCAAUGUGUUUAUUAAUCCAUGAAUUCCAUGCUGUUGGAGACAAAGGACUGAUUUGUCUCGAGUGACAUAAGUGCUUCUAAUUGUGUGUGAGAUGAUGGUCUAGAGGGUUAAACCACUGAACUGGUAAAUCAAAGGUUGCUGGUUCGAUCCCAGCAGCCACCACCAGUAUGUCCUUGAGCAAGACACUUUACUCCAUGUUGCUCCAGGGGGAUUGUCCCAGUAAUAAGUGCACUGUAAGUCGCUUUGGAUAAAAGCGUCUGCCAAAUGACUAAAUGUAAAUGUAAAUGUAACAAAAUCAUUUCCACCACUAAUUUAAGGAUCCUUUCAUGUCACACUCUGCACCUAAGCCUCAUGACAUCAAGUUACGUCAAACCAGCGGUCACUGAGGUACGUACAUCCGUUGGCCAGGCAGCACAAUGAAUGAAGUAUAUUGCGGAAUUGAAACAAAUUGGUUGUUAUAAAAUGUACUGCCCACUUAACAGAGCAGGCAUCACGACCGGCUCAAAGCCAUGACAAAUGAAUGGAGUACAUAAGGAAUCGGAUUUAAAGAAAAGGAUUUUUUAACAUAAUUAGAAAGAAUGUAUAAAUCAAUAGAACGGAUCCGUCUGUAAUGUAUGUAAGGUGCAUGUUUGUUAGUGUAAAAGCAAGCAAUAACUUAAAACAAAGGAUCAAGCAAAACCAAACAUAAAAUUUACAUUUAGUCAUUUAGCAGACGCUUUUAUACAAAGCGACUUGCAAAGAGUUAGGGAGCAACAAGCGAAAUGUCAUACAGGAACCAAAAUACAUUAGGUGACAAUACAAAGUUACUGGUUUCAACUAAAGCUAGACCACUACCUGUUGAGAGAAAGGGUUAGUUUUUUAUUUAUUUAUUUGUCUCUCAGGUAUUCAUAGAAGAGUUGGGUUUUAAGUAGUUUUUUGAAUGUUGUGAGAGAUGUGGUUGACCGUAAAGAGUAAGAAAGAAUGUUCUACCAGGAAGAAGUUGUGAAGCAGAAUGAGCGGGAAUGUGAUUUACUGUCCUUAUGAGAAGGCAAUACAAGACGCCGCUUGUACAUCCAGGAGUUCCAUAGACAAACGAAGUCUCUCCUUUUUAUAAUGAUAGAACAGAUGUCACUGAUUCUCAUAUAGAACCCUCCAACCACACCCAUUGGCCGGCUAAGGCGGGUAGGAAAAGGGAGAACCGUCACAUACACCCCCCCCCAAAAAGAGGGGAGCAAAGAAAAAUAAAUUUAGCCCAGACAAAUAUACAAUGCACACAGCCCAAGUAACAGAGUUGAUGAAGCUUUCAACUUUCAAGUCAAAUCCAUUCUCCAACUCCUUCCAACAACCCUGGCGCCUAGGGAGCACAAUUUAAGAAAAGACAAGAAGAAAGAGACAGAGAAAGUAAGUCAUAUGUAAUACUUAAGUAAAGUAAACACGAGAUAAUGAAUCAUCAGUCAUAAUUUCAGAGCCUUUAAUGUGACGAAUAUCCAACUGAUAACCUUGGAAAAACAAACACCAUCUCAUAAAUAUUUGAUUUGGAUUUUGCAAGGAGUGCAAAAAAGUUAAGGGAUUAUGAUCAGUGUAGACCACUAACUGUCCCUCUGAUGACCCCACAUAGACCUCAAAAUGCUGUAAAGCCCAAAUCAAUGCUAGCGCUUCCUUCUCUAUCACCGAAUAAUUAAAUUGGUACGAAUUAAAUUUUCUAGAGAAAAAACAGCAUGGAUGAUCAAUCCCAUCCUCAGACCUCUGCAACAAGACAGCUCCAGCACCCACAUUACUGGCAUCCACCUGCAAAUGAAGAGGCAAAUGAGCUGCUAAAACCGGAGCCUCCGUAAGCAGCAUUUUUACAUCUUCAAAUGCUUGUUGACACAACGGGGUCCAACAGAAAUUCACUCCACCACCCAACAAAUUAGUCAAAGGCAUUGCCACUAGAAUUAUUUUUACAAAAACAACGAUAAAACCCAACCCUACCAAGAAAUCGCAUCAAUUCCUUUUUUGUAGUGGGAACAAGGUAUCCAUCUAUUGCUUCUACCUUAGCUCGAACAGGGCGCACUUUUCCUUGACCAACGACCUUUCAUAAAUAGGUGACCGUGGCUUUGGCAAAAUCGCUUUUUGAUAAAUUAACAGUCAAAUUUGCAUACAAAAGACGUUUAAAAAGUGCUCGAAUUUGAAGCACAUGCUCCUCCAAAGUUUGACUAUAAAUAACGACAUCGUCCAAAUAGACAUUGCAUCCACUUAGACCAGAAAACAUCUCACUCUUAGUCCUGCUUGACCUUAGUGCUGCUUUCGAUACUGUAGACCAUAAAAAACUACUAGAUCGUUUACACAAUUAUAUCUGUAUUCAGGGAAAGGGAACUGCAAUGGUUCAGAUCUUACUUAACAGACAGAUAUCAAAAACGUCCAUUUAAAUGGGAAAUCGUCAAAUCUUACGCAAGUAAAUUAUGGAUUACCUCAGGGAUCGGUUUUAGGAUCCUUGCUUUUCACCAUAUACAUGCUGCCCCUCGGCAACAUUAUUAGAAAACAUGGAAUUAGCUUCCACUGUUAUGCAGAUGAUUCUCGGCUAUAUAUCUCAUCAAGACCAGAUGAUUCCUUCAAACUAUCAAAGCUGGCAGAGUGCAUCGAGGACAUAAAACAUUGGAUGACUAGUAAUUUCCUUCUUUUAAACUCUAGCAAAACGGAAAUAUUACUUAUAGCACCAAAAUCAAGUAAACAGAAUAUCUCUGAUUACAGCCUGCAAAUUGAAAGCUGCACUGUUACUCCAACAAAUACAGUUAAAGUCCUAGGCGUUAUAUUAGACGGCAACCUGUCAUUUUAAAAUCACAUCUCAAAUAUCACAAAAACAGCUUUUUUCCACCUUAGAAAUGUUGCCAAAUUACGAAGUAGUUUGUGUUGCAGACGCAGAAAAGCUUAUUCAUGCAUUUGUGACCUCACGGCUUGACUAUUGUAAUGCUCUACUUAGUGGUUGUCCUGUAUCAUCGAUAAACAAACUACAGUUAGUUCAGAAUGCAGCUGCCAGAGUUCUUACUAGGUCAAGAAAAUACGAUCACAUAACCCCAGUUUUGUCAUCGCUUCACUGGCUACCCAUUAAGCAUCGUAUUGAUUUUAAAAUUAUUUUAAUUACUUACAAAGCCCUGAACGGUUUAGCACCUACUUACUUAACCAAGCUUUUAUCACGUUACAUCCCAUCACGCUCUCUAAGAUCUCAACACUUAGGACUUUUGACAACACCUAGAAUAACAAAAUCCACCAAAGGGGGACGAGCUUUCUCAUACGUAGCACCUAAACUCUGGAAUAGCCUUCCUGAUACUAUUCGAGGGUCAGACACACUCUCCCAAUUUAAAUCUAGAUUAAAGACACAUCUUUUCAACCAAGCUUUCACUUAAUGCAUAGUUAAUGAACAGCAGCUACGCUAAUUAUUCUCUUUCCGGGGAAGAAGUUCCACCAUGUCCAGACGACCGACAGAUGCCCAUCCCCAAUUUGAGAUUACGCCAGCUACAGCUGCAAGACUGACUGACCAUCCCAGCUCCAUCUAAGGCAAUUCCACCACCAGCCAAGAGAAAUACGACCAUCGGACCAUCCCAGCUCAGACCACUACAUCCCCAACCAAGAGCAAAGACGGACUAUUAGUCUUAUUAAUGCUGAAGUUACAAUAUUUGGUAUUAAAUGCUAAACCUAAACCACAUGUCAGCAGUCUGAGUGCAGCUAUGACACGUCAGAGGGAACCUGGCCCUCCCGGUUGAGCCUGGUUUCUCCCGAGGUUUUUUUUCUCCAUUAAUCAAUCAUUAGAGUUUGGGUUCCUCACCACAGCAGGGCAGUGUCGGCCUGCUCACCGGGAGACUGCAUUCAUUCAUUUAUUUAUUUAUUUAUUUAAUUAGAAAUUAGAUAUUAUUUAUUAGAAUGAUCUUACUCGUUGUAUAAAUACCAUGCACUGUGCUGUGUUUUAACUUUUCUGUUUUUCCUGUUUUCCCCUGUAAAGCUGCUUUGAAACAAUACACAUUGUGAAAAGCGCUAUAUAAAUAAACUUGAAUUGAAUUGAAUUGAAAUUUACACACAAAAGAAGGUUUCUGUGUACCACUUUCAAAUGACUAGACACAGGGUGUUUAAUCUUGUAAAUGUGAGUAUUGGGAUCCCUAUCAACCACAGUAUAUACCAUAUUUUCCCACUUGUCUGCGAGUUUGCGCUUGCCGCGGUCACUUUUAUUGGCUAAGAGGACCCUGUCACCAACUUCAAUUGACACACCCUUGGUUUUCCGAUUGUACAGGUGGGCUUGGCGAGACUGUUCUUUCGAAGUGUUAGACCCGGCAACAGCAAAAGCAUCCUCCAAAUCCUAACUCAGAGACUCUACGUACUUGGGAAGAGACUCAUUCGAAUCAGUCCUCAGCACACUCUUGAAAACGACAUCAAUCGGCAGUCUCUGAGUGCGACCGAACAUUAGAUAGAAGGGAGGGUACCCAGUCGUCUCAUGCACUGUGCAGUUAUAUCUAUAUGUCAAUGUAUGGAGCAAGGGCUCUAAUCAUGUUUCCCAAUGUUCGAUUAAAUCUUUCUGUGAUGCCGUUGCCCAUCGGGUGAUAAGGUGUCGCCCGUGACUUCGUAACACCAGAAAAAUCAAGCAAAUGCCUAUUAAGCUCAUGUCACAGGUCGGGAUGGGUCAAGCCGGACUACGCCCACCCCUGAACCAGGACCACCUCGAGGAGCGUAUCAGAGGGAGAAAUCGGAGACAGAAUAAAAUUUCAACAAGUUUUAUUUAGAGGUAAAAGCAAUUUGAAAAUCCUAGUCUAAAAUCUUCUUCCUUCUUGCCCUCAGGAAUCGAAGGUGAACAGUACAACAACCAGGGUCUCUCCCGCUCUCUUCCUCAGUGCGGGCCCUGUAGUGAAUGGGGCGGUGGACAGGUAAAUUGUCAGGUAGGUCUUUCCCAGGUGGAGAUGCAGUAAACAGGCGAACGGCCCGGUAAGUCUCUCUGGUAAGUAAAUAUUUCCAACCUCCCUUCCUUCACAGGUACGAGAUCCGGAGCAGAUGGCCGUCAGUCAGGUACGUAUACAGCAGAUUCACACUCUGAUGAUGGGGUGGCGAGGGAAUCUUUACAGGGUAAGCGAAUAAUUUCAACCUCCCUCUCUCCACAGGCACAGAAACUGGAACAGAGGAAUACUCCAGACAAAGUGUACCAACCCCGUUCGUAACAGAAGGACAGCCACUUCUCUCAGCACAGGUGACUAUAAGGAUACAGUAGACUCGAAGUCAACCGGUUGCACAGGGCUCCUACUGAAACAGACAGAAGGGAUACUCCAAGUAAGCAUACGGUUCACAUGAGUUGGAAGGGGACGAACACUUCUCACGAUACAGAUGAAUUGCGGGAAUUCCCUAGACUCAAGUCGACAGGCUGAGCAAGACCUCUUCUGGCCUAGAUGAAGUGGAUAUUCCAGACAGAACGGACCGGCUUUACGUUCACAGCAGAGGGACAGUCACUUCUCCCCACACAGGUGGGCUCCCAGGUUGCAGCAGGCUCAAAGUCGAUGGGCUGAACGGGACCUCUACUGGAGCAGACAGAAAGGGUGCUUCACACAAGGUAUACAGUUCAUGUGCAUAGAAGGGAGUGAGCACUUCUCACAAUACGGCUGCGUUGCAGGAAUACAGCAGACUCAACGUCAGCAGGAUGAAUGGGACUUCUACGGAGACAGACCACGAACAAUUCAACAAGGCAUCUCGUCUCUUAUUCACUCAAACAGAGGGGUUAAUUCAGAGUCCAGAUGAUAAUUCCUCAACAUCCACUCAGUUAGAACAGAGCAAUGACACAGAACUCUCACUAUUGACAGUAGACCAGCGUAGCACAGGGAGAGUGCACGGCAAAGGGAAUGUAUCUUCCACACACACAGCAAUUCCACUUCUAGCAUAUAAGGUGGGGGAAACGUCAAUCUUAGGCACUGAAAUCUCACUUCACGACGUGCAAUUUAAAGCCCGCACUCACCCUUGGGUCUCUGUCCGAGGGGGCCGCGUUCAUCAAUGCUGCAAAGGGUAUUUCGGGAUGUUUUUCUUCACAAACACAGGCAGAGUUCACAUCACCAUUUAUGAUGGAGAAAGAGACAGGAGGUCGGCAAUGAAUCAGUACAAUCCACUCGGUGACAUUUAUGAUCGUGAUCCACACACUCCAAACCACAUCCAAUUCAGUGUCGAAUACAUGCAAUUACGAGACUCAGUUCUCGACUACCUAGCUCCUCUCCAAUGCAAACAGGAUAUUUCACUUUCCCUCUGUUGCCCUCGAGUCCCUCAUCAAGUCCACACUCUCCUCUUCAUUCACCCGCACUCCAAUAACUGCAACCACUCGAUAAAACGACUUCUCACGGGAGAGAACCACCCCGACAGUCUCUUUCUCUUGCUUUUUAUACUCUCUCAAGUGCUGACAGGACCUCACUCAAACCCCCAAGGUAAAUUCCCCACACCUGUUUCCAAUCGGUCAUUUGGGGUUGUCAUGGCAACAGACGCACACACAGGCCUGGGACCGGUGUUACACUCAAAGUGUCCCAGCGGAAACACGGCUUCAACGGGAAUAAGUUCCAUAUACCAUUUGUCACACCGUGACACUCACUACAGAAACUGGCCCCCUGAUCAGAAUGGAUUCGUUCCGGGAACCCAUAGUAGCAAAAGUAGUCAUCCCAGAGCUUCUGUGCGACUGACUUAGCUGUCUGGUCUCGGCAGCGAAAGGCAUGAGCCAGCUUGGUAAAAUGGUCAGUGACCACUUAAACAUCAACUGACCUGUUCUGUGAAUCUUCCGCUGUCCCGAAAUCAAUGCAGACUAAUUCAAGUGGAGCAGAGGUCUUGAUACUCUCCAAUAGAGCUCGGCCCUCUGGCUCUGGAAAGCACACAACGACUACACAUCUUCACAUAAUCACUAACAUUACAUUCAAUGUCUGACCAAUAGAAACGUUGUCGAGACAAUUGGAGAGUGCGAUAUUGGCCUUGGUGUCCGGCCUCAUCGUGACAUCCUUUUAGUACUUGAGAUUUCAUGGAAGAAGGUACCAUGUACUGAAAUCUUUUGUGACGUGACAAAGGGUCUCUCGAUACACGAUACAAGACACCGUCAUUCAAUAAUAGCUUCUCCCACUGCUUCAUAAUCUUCGUUACAGCGCUGGGGUCCCCCAUGCGCUCACGUCUCGAAGGCCUGCGCUUUCGAUCAACGUAGAACAUCGCCCUCCGCAAAUUUUCAUCCUCCAGCUGUCUGUCUCUCAACUCUUGACGAGAAAACAUGGAAGGACAUCAAACCCAACAUCUUCGAUCUUUUGGAUGAAUCCGGCCCUUGUUUGUAUUCCUUCGUUCCAAGAAAGGUGAUUAGAAAAAACAGCAGCCACUUCAUCACUCGAAUAGCUUCCAGGCACUCCCGUGUCCGAUUUGACUGAUAACCGCUCACAAGCAGUCACUGAGGCCUCUGUACUAUCAAGCACUUGCUGACUGGCGUUGGACAACCGGAAGACAUCUUGGAUGGCAUCACAGGUAUGGUUACUUGUCUGUGCGAGCAGCUUGUCAUAGGGUUCCCUUACUAUGCGGUGACUGACGCGACUGUUGACAAAAGACUGUCUGCUCAAAGCAUCAGCAAUGGUGUUCUGCGGCCCUGGAACAUAUUUGAUGUCAAACUUUGGCCACCCAUCGUUGGCCACAGGCGUCAAGCCUAGGUUUGGUCAAGAUAUGUGUCAAGGGAUUAUUAUCCGUCCAAGCUGUGAACUGGUGUCCUUUGAGCCAGUGACUAAAUUUAUCACUUACUGCCCACUUGAGAGCGAGAAACUCAAGUCGAUGUGCUGGAUAUCUGGCUUGCGCUCUGGAGAGUGACUUAGUCGCAAAUGCAAUUGGUCUAACCCUAUUUUCCCCAGGACUCAGUUGCGAUAGCACAGCGCCCAAUCCCUCAGAUGAAGCAUCAGUAGCUAGAACAAAGGGUCUGGAAAAGUCAGGAUGCGCAAGAACAACAUUGGACAGGAGAGCUUCUUUUAAAGCAGACAAAGCCGCCUCACAAGCUGGAGACCAAUCAUUAGGAGUUAGUUUUCUGGAUGCAGGAACUCCUUUUCGCCCAACACCUCUAGGUUUCUGUCACCGGGUGGAAAAACCCAGAGACUCAAAAAUCCCUCAUUGGUCCCAACUCUGGCUGUGCUUGAUUGCUGGCCAUAAUGAGCGGCAGCUGAAGGAAAUUAAGCUGCACUUCAUUGAAGCACGCGCUCAGGACAAGGGUGCAUAAAAGUGGUGUUCUGGGCAAGCAGUAGGUGUGGUGUAUCUGGGCUGGUGUGUGUCUUGACGGUGGCGUAACAGGAGAGAGUUGAAGGUUGGGUGUCUGAUCGGUGUUCUAUUGGGCAGAGAUUACACAGCAGAGGAGAGGACCGCUGAUGUGUUCACGUCAAUCUUCUGAAGUCGCCAUCCUUGGAGUCAUUCACCCUACAGCGAGAGGAGAAACAGGUCGACUAAUCACUGUGGAGAUGAAGUGAGUUUGCAGUGUCUGAGAGAGUGAAAUGUACACACGUGAGGAUUUCUAAGAGUGAUUUAUGCACAAGUGUGGUGAGGUCUAACGACUGUGUUUCUUCCGAAACUGAGAUGAAUGACAAUUGACGUCUGAAUAUGAAGAUCCCUUUAAAUAGAUCUGUCUGAAGCUGUGUCCAGGUUUUCCUUUGCGCCCGGUGUGGCGACAGACUCAAGCCGAGCUCGAAAACCCGUCGUUGUCUGUCCCUCGGGGAAGAGGUGAAGCUGCUGUCCUUCCGCCGACUGUUCUAUGAACACACACACCAGCCGAGCCCGAACACCGUCAUUGUCUGUCCCUCGGGGAAGAGGAGAAGUUGCUGUCCUCCCCUGGAUUGUUCUGUGAACUGACACACCAGCCGAGCCCGAACACCGUCAUUGUCUGUCCCUCGGGAAGAGGAGAAGUUGCUGUCCUCCCCUGGACUGUUCUGUGAACUUACACACUAGCCAAGUCUGAGCAUUGUCGGCUGCCUGUCUCACGAACACAUCCGAGGAGGCGAAGAAAGCCACUGUCUCACCCACGAACAUUCGCAUCACUGCUUUUAUUGUUUUAAAUUAAUAAAAUACUUACCCUUUUAAAUUCACUUCUUGUUGUCCGCCUCUUGGUGUCCUCUGGUGUCUGCUCCUCCGGAGUGUGGUUAUUUACCCUCUGCCCUAACAUCGGUGACAUUUCCUUACUCCACUGGUCAAAGCAAAAAGUAGUUGUGCAAGAGACAAACAAUUCUCAAUGAAACAUUGGUACCACAUAAUGAGGCCAAGAAAAGACUGGAUUUUUUUUUUGAAGUAAUUUUAGAGAUUGCUUCAACUUUUCCAGGGUCUGUUGACUACAGAAAUUGUACAGAAUGUCUCAAGAAGUGGCCUUUCUUCUGCGAUAAUUUCAAGUUGUGUUUCUUCAACAUACCAAAAACCAUCUCCAGUCUCUGCAACGCAACUUCUUCGUUAGGUGCGAAAACCAUUAGAUCGUCCAGGUAGCACAACAGUGAGAAAAAAUUCUGUUCACCGAAGAUGUUAGUCAUCAUCCGCAUGAAGCUUGCAGGAGAGUUACAGAGGCCCUGCGGAAGCCUAUUGUAUUCGUGCAAUCCCACGGGCGUAGUGAAUGCUGUAUACUUUCUGUCAUCCUCAUGCAGUGGGAUAUUAUAAAAUCCUGAUGUCAAAUCCAUAGUGCUAAAGAACGAAUUCCCCCUAGGGCUGCUUGACAGUCUUCCUGAUGGGGCAGGGGGUGAGCAUCUUUCAUUGUUCACGCAUUUAGCCAUCGGAAAUCAGUGCAUUUUCGAAGAUUGACGUCUUUUUUCCAGCACAGAACCAAAGGUGAUGCGAAUUCGAUGGCUGACUUGCGAAUUAUUCCCUUCUCUUCCAUCUCGUUCAACGCAACACGUAAUUUUUGGUACUGUGAAGGAGGAACACGUCUGUACGGUAAUCGAAACGGCUAACAAAGUCCUUGACUUCACCGCAGUCAAGAGAAUGUCUUGAAAAAAUUGACCCAUACUCGAGCACCAAGUCACACAAUUUAGCCUUCCAGAAUUCAGAAGCUUCGCACUUGUCCAAAUGAACGGUCUCUAAUCCACACAUUCGGAGUCUGUCGGUUAACAUAUUUGAUGGUUCCACCAUAACUGUACUGCCUGGUUGGUUACAAGACUUAACGGGAAACUUACCCCAUACUAGAUGUUCCUGGCCAGGCGCAAGUGUCACUGCAUGUUGAAGUUUGACUGUACCAACGACAUCAGGAAUCGUUCCGCCCCUCCAGCGACACACACCAGCCAUCAUGGAAAAAAACUCGUCACUCUCUGGGUUAUGUCCAAUGGGCGUAGAGAUCAGUUCCCAAUAUCUGUCAGAAUCUUUUAACCUGUGGACAAGAUGUUUGAUGACGUUCGUCCCCAGAAUGAGGUCAUCUCCUUGACUUGGAACAACAAAACAUGGGACUAAGACAUCACAGCCAUAAAUGUCUAGCUUAAGCUCAAGCAUGUACUUUGUAAAUGUUCUCUUGCCAACGCACCCAAUCAAGACGAUGUCUGUAUCCUCUUCAUUUACAGUAUCCAAAGCACCAGCUUCCCUUAACUGACAGGCGACCGAGUCAUUUAACGUACAGGCCAUUGAACCUGUGUCCAACAUUGCACUGACGGUGAAGGAAUCAUUAAUACGAACGGAUGUUUAGAAAAGUGUGUCUGAGCAUUGAACGCGUUGUGUAUUUUGAAAGACGACUUUCUGUGAGCUAGGACAUACAUUCUUAAAAGAGCUGAACAAAGCUUCGAAAUCUGUAUCCAUAUUGAGGGAAUUAUCAACAGCACCCACACACCCCCUCUCCAUAUGUGGGUAAGUCAGUUUCCCUGACUGUUGGGUGACAGCAAAGCAGAAGUCGAUUUUGGGAAUUUCGCUGUACAAUCACGUUUGGAGUGACCAGCAUCAUGACAUCUAAAACACAAACGAUCGGAUCUACAGUGGUCGAUUGUAGUGUGCGUUGUGUUGCCACAAAUCUUACAGUUGCUUGGUCGAGCUGUAUUACUUCUAUGCGCUCUCCCAAAAGACAAAUACUCAGGUUUGUGCUCCUCCUUCGUCUUCAAAACUUCGAUCAGUUGAGCCAGCAUGUCAGCCAUCCGAUUCAGACUGGAAUGAUCCGUCGCGUCCAGUUGAAACUCACUAGGCCCGUUGGUCCCCUGCUUAAGGCACAUUAAUGUAGGCUCAGAAACAAUGUUAGAAUUUCCACAGCUCUGAACGGUCGUGUGUUCAUUUUCGUUUGAUCUUAACUUGAGCUCACGUUGGAAACUGUCUAAAAGCUCCUGGACAUCUUUUGCAGUCCAGCAUUCUAACGGCCGUACUUUAAAAGUGCAUGCUAGGUAAGGGUCUGGGCAAUUUCUCACAAACAUCAUUGCAACUUCAGAAUUUAGAUUGUCCAUCCUUCUGCCUUGCCCUUUUAAACAAUCAUCAGCCAUAUCAGCUGCUUUAUUAAGACGAAGGACACAGGACACUUCACUAAAGUGUUGCUUAAGUAUGGUGUAUAUAACCUCAGGGUGUUUUGUGCAAUCAAGCGCUGGAUUACAGGCAUCGCAACUCUCACUAUGUCUUUGGCCCUGCCCAUCAAACGACGAAUAACCUCAUCGGACUGUUCAGUAAUUUUGACAUUUCUCUUUUGCAGGUAAGCUUUCAUCAUUUCAACCCAUUCUUGAAUGUCGCACCUACCUAAUCCAUCUCCCCUAAACACUGGUGGGAUUUGCUUAUCAGAUUUUAAAAUGACAUUCAACUGUGACAAAUCAAGAUUAGCACAUUGAGAGCCUGUGGCGUUAUUACCAUUAUUGGUUCUGGCAAAUUCGUCCCCUGACAAAAGGUUGGCUGUGACAGAGUCACCAAUUUGUCAUCCCAAGUCUUUAACUAAAGCACCGAGUUCACUGACGUCUUAAUCGCUAGAACGUUCUACAUUAAAUGGCUUUGGAGUUGAGGUAAGAGGGACAGUACUAUGCACAUCAGGAGUCAUAUCAUUUCUCCCGUUUCCAGCAUGAUUUUCAGCCUUAUAGCCAAUUUCACCCAACCCUGGUUUGUUAUCAGAGAACUGCAUCAGGUAUUUCCCCCGUCCCAUCCCAAGUAAGGAAUUAUCUGCACCACCCUCAGCCAUUUUGUCAAAUGUAAAAUACCCCUGAAAAGUAAUAAUCAAAACGUAACAGUCAGAUCAAAGUCAUUCAUCAAUGCAAAAUUGUUGUCCAAUUCUUUUCACUUAUCUGCGGUGCAACGUGUCGCUUUAAAAAAAGUCCUUGAAGAAAAUGUCUUUAACUGGAGGAUCUGGCAACCGCAGUUCACUUAUGCGAAGGAGGCACGCGACGUCCAUUCUUUCCGCUGUAGUGCUCGUCGUCGUCCCGGAGAUUGGCUUUUCUUUGAUCACAGACGGGAAUUACGGAACCAUUGUCACCCCUUCUUUCUGGUUCCUUCAUACAACCACUCCGGGAAGAAUAACACGGACACACAGGCGGAGUUCACUUGUCACUUUUACUGGAAUAUAUGAAACGACACCAAAUGGCCAUUAUACAUCUCUUCCGGUCACAUACAUAAUUAUCAAAAAAAAACAAACAUGUGGAAAUAAGCAAUUGGAAAAUACAGAGAUAGGAACCAAACGAACACCAUGUGCUCCCAAACCCCUCGGUGGUAAGUUCGGUACAAAACAAAUUCUCCGUCGACUCUAUAUAUCUUUUAUGACUCAAAUUUGAAAUUAAAUACUUUUAAGAGAACAAUUUGACCUCAAAAACAAAUUAAAUAAUGUCUAACUACAUUUUACUUCCAUUUGACCGGAGUAAGAUUCUACACUUACCAUUCUCCUCAGCAGUUUACAUGUGACUGAGGAGAAUAUGGAGGACUCCGCUUUAAGUUUUCAUUAGCCACCUGUAGGUGUCCUCCUAUCCUCUUCUUACUGAUGCAUUUAUUUAAUACAAUUCAACAAACGUUUCGCAAGAUGAACAAACUUUUCUUUUUUGGCACAAUUCAUAACAAACUUCUUUUACCCGUUACACAUACAGUACAUCUCUGAUGUUUGGCCAGCAUGCUUGGAAUCAAAUAGGCCGGCUUACAAAUAAAACAAGACAAAAAGGAAAGGAAAGUACGUUUUAGGUGGUCAAUAAUAUUUGGAGCAAAGUCUGUUAAAGGUUCAUCUCAUGGUCAUCUUCUAUAUGACUUUCUUUUUACACUGUGUUCAACCUUACUUUAAUUCAAACUCUUUUAACCUCUGGGUAAAUACACUUUUUAACCCUGGGUUAGCUUCUGCUUAAACCAAAUUACUGUAUGAUAUCAAGGGUAUACUGUAUAAUAAAAAAUAUGAAGGAUUAGAUGGUUUAUGGUGAUGAGUAGGGUACAACGUUACUAAACGCCACACCUUAAGAAACAAUGUGCUUUUCACUACACCUAUAUGAUAGCUGAAAAAAUAUAUAUAUUUGUAUUAAAAAUGUAUGGAGCAAAAGAUUGUGAAAAUGAAUCAUAAGUGGUUAAUUUUGUUUAAAAAUCUUAUAAAUGUAUGAUGAGGUGGAAUUUUACCCCGCAUGGGAUAAAAGGCAUAGCCUGACUACAUCAGACUUCGUACCUCUGCUCAAUUUCAUUUCGCUUCUGUACUCAGUCUGAUAUAGACAUAGCAAACCAUCUCCCCGUUUAUCUCCGGCUCCAUACCAGCCGACCAACCAGCGAACAGAGGGCGGGCUGAGAGCCGUGACGUAUACGCUAAGCGCAGAAUUUAUGAUUGUAGUUUGGGAAAUCUAGAACGACAGCGGACAUGGAGACACGGGAUGCUAUUCGUUUUGUUGUGGAGAAUAUAAGCGGGAUUUGCCAACUUGAAGCCCGAACAAGUUUUUUACUUUGAGGUACAACUUUGAAGCUAAUCCUGUUCGUGCUGUCGCAUGUUGAAAAAGCACUCCGGCUUCAAGUAAUUCGGGCAACAAGCAGGUUUUUACUCAUGGUUUCUGAGGGAUUUCCACUCAACAUAAAAUAAAUCCACCCGUCUCUUCCUAGGAUUGUGCAGCGACUACAUUGCAUGUUUUCCACAAACUUUAGCUAUGGCGUCACCUACACCGCUGUCCCUUGUGAAAACAACAAUGCCGGUCUGCGGUUGGUGGAAUGGCGUAGAUUAAGGGGCGGUAACAUUAUAAGAAAAUCUGCUUUGAACAUCACAUACGGAGCGAAUCUGAACGGCUCGAUUUCUCACAUCCUUGCAGGGAAAGGAACACCAAAACAAAUUUAUUGGGUUCUUAUUUUUUGGUUUCCUAGAUGCACCCAGGACUCGAUUAUAGCACUUAAACACAGAAAAAGUGGGGUUUUCAUAUGAUGUCACCUUUAACAGAACUAAUCCUAACUUUGACAGUUGGCUGCAAAUAUUUUCUCUUUUGUCUCUACUGUCAAAUAUUAGUUGAGAUGCACUAAUUGUUCCGUUGAUGCAUAAAAAGAAAACUAACUUAGCUCUGUAUACUGUGUUAGGUUAUAUGAGUCAAGACUUCUUUUUGAUUGCACUUUUGCUUUUGUUGUACUUAUGCUGUCCCAAUUGCUUCCAUUGCUUACCCCACCUGUAAAUCGCUUUGGAUAAAAGCGUCUGCUAAAUGACUAAAUGUAAAUGCAUAGAUUUACUUCACAAAAUCUGCAAAAUCGUUCACAGCCAUUUUCACUCGAUGAUUUUGUUUUCACCGCCAGUGCCUAAUUUGUAGCCUACCAGUGUUUACAGCAGAUGCUCGAGGCGGCUGAGAAGGCGCAUAACAUUCAUCACAACCAAACGUUAUGUGAUUGGCUUACGGGUACACCAAUGAUUUUAAACUUCAGACAAGCACCUGCCCACGAGAAAGUAAACACUUAUCAAUUAAACCCAUCCAGACUCUGUCUACGAGGCAAAGCGAUGUAGCACAGGUUGGUAUUACCAGGCUAUAAAAGGCACACAGUAUUGAAACAAAUACUUUUGAAAAAUAAUAUGGUUUAAUAAUAUUUAAUUAAAUAUUUGUUCAGAACAAUCACUUUAGCCAAGUUUGUACUAUGUUUUUGUUUAUUUUAUAUAAAAUAUGUUAAUAUCGCAAUAUAGAUAAACAGAAACAAAAUUAUAAAAAAAAUUAAGAAUGACUUUCAUAAUAAUGUAAAAUAGAUUUCCAGUAAUAACAAAAAAAUGUUUUUAUUGAUUACAUGAUUCAAUAUAUUUGUUUCAUUAUAAAUAUGGGGAUAAGGUGGACACCCAACUGAAUAGGCUUUAUGAUAUUUAUCAUCUGAAUCUAACCAUGUCAUGUAAACAAAUGGAACUGUCAGUCAGCUGUUUAUUAUCAUGUUAAGUUAUGAAUCAGUGAUGGUGCUGUUGGAUGAGAAGAUACUGGGAACUGGCUACAAAUUAUAUGUAGACAAUUUCUACACCAGCCCAUCACUAUUCAGAGACCUCCUCAAGAAGGGCAUCUGGGCCUGUGUGACCAUCAGAAGCAACCGGGUGGGCUUCUCACAAACCACCGCUAACAAGUUGGCCAAAAAUGCUCCCCGUGGGAGUAUGCGGUGGAUUCGAGACAACAGCCUCCUCUUUGUGCAAUGGAAGGACACCAGGGAGGUGCAUAUGUGCUCAUCCUUCCAUGCAGCAGAGGGAGAUCGCACUGUACGGAGGAGGAUGAAGACGAGAGCUGACGGAUGGCCGGAACUCCACGUACCAAUUCUACAACCAGCACAUGGGAGGAGUUGAUCUCUCCGAUGCCCUUGUUGGGUAUUAUUAUGUGCUCAGAAAGACCAGGAAGUGGUACUGCUCACUGUUCUUCCACUUUGUCGACAUCGCAGUGGUAAAUGCAUUCAUUCUGCACCAGCAGUUCGCUGCGGCUCAUAACCAAAGAGCGAAGUCACAGCGGAAUUCCGUGAAGCUUUGGUUAUGGAGCUUGCAGUCCGGAUGCCUCAAAGUGAGCCUGCUCCUCCUGCCCCUACUGCUGCAGCAACUCAAAUGACACACCAUGUCUGCCACAGGCCAAAGCACGUCACAGAUAAAAGUGAUGACUCCAGGCGAAGAUGCCAAUUGUGUCAUCAGAAAACAAAUGUGUUCUGCCAGGGAUGCGCAGCCUACUUUUGUUUCCAAAAAAACGAGAUUGCUUCAAUACCUGGCAUGAUGUUAAUAGUUUGUAGUGUUUAGAUGUUAUGAAGAUUUGUAUAUAGUUGUAAAUACUUGAAAUUACAUCCAUAGUUUGACAUUUAGUUUUCCUGUAUUUUAAUAUUUUUGUUUUCAUUCACGUUUUAAUUAAAAUUUGCAUCAAGAAAUGAAAAUAUUUAUAUAAAGUUUGGAAAAAGUAAAAAAAAAAAAUGUGUGUGUGUAUGUGUUUGUGUUUGGUCUGUGGCAUUUAAAGCAACCUUUUAAAGUGACCUUUGGGAAUCAUCCUAUAGAUAGGGUGUCUCCUAGUGACCAUUUGUCAUAUUUCAACUUAAAAAUUUACAGAAACAAGAUUACAGCAGAUAGAAAACUGAAAAUUUGAAGACUACUUGUUUAGACCUAUGGCUUUUACUUUUUAUAAUUUUUGGCCACAUCUUUUUUUUUUCAUUGAUAUUUCAUAAAAUAAAAUUAAUAUUACAGCACAUUUUCGUAACAAUACAUUUAAAAUCCAAUACCUUUUAGACACAUAAUUAUAGUUUUAUUUUUUAACUUCUACAAUAAUCCUCCAAGUGUCUUUUUUCAAAAGAGACCAACCAUAUGUCUCUACUCCAAAGCAUUCAACAGUUACAGCUGUUUAAGUUUGCAAUGUGCAGUCAUUGUUUAAAAUAUGGACCGACAGUUAAGGGGUUUUAAUAACCGGAUUAACUCAUCUAUUGCACUGCAACUUUAAUAGCUAAUGUCUAUAAUUAAUGCACACUUAAGUCACUUGCACUAUUGUAUAGUCUAAAUUGUUAUCUGUUCAUAACCACCUGUACAUUAAUGUUCACAGUAUAUAGCCUUCUGUAUAUAUUGUUCAUAGUUCAUACUGACUGUCAUAUUUUCAUAGAACAUUCCUUCUGUAAAGUAUUUUCAUAGUAUGCCCAUUGUAUAGUAUUUUCCUUGUAUUGUAUUCUGUAUUUAUUCACACUGUAUAUCCUGCACUUGCUAAUUGCACUUCUGGUUAGACCUAAACUACAUUUCGUUACACUGUACUUGUAUAUGUGUUAUGACAAUAAAGUUGAAUCUAAUCUAAUCUAACAUCUGGGGCUAGAGCCACGGGCGCCAUAUAGAGAAGGGACAAAUUAGGACAAUUCCAAGGGGCCAUGACUGACAGGGGCCCCAAAAAUAGGUAAAAACUAAUAUAAAAUUAUUUAACCAUCCUCAUUCAGUAUCUAUAAUAAUACAAUUAAUGAUCCCUUUGUUUUUGGCAGUAAAAGUAAAAAAUCCCCAUUGACCAAAAAGUAAACAUCCAUAUUGACCGACCACCUGUAUCCCCGUAUCUGCACUGUUUGGUCAUUCCUUAGCACUCUCAGUGACGGUGUUUUGUUGCAGUCAGUAGAUGCGCCAGAACUACAGUGACCACAAUGUUGCCUAGUAACGUUAAAUCCAAAUCUGGCUUUCGAAAAGGGAAAGAGAGAAAAGAGAGAGUGGAAAGUCAAAGGAAAGGAUGUCAAACUGUAACCCAGUUUUUUACCGAGAAAGGUGAGUAGCAUAGUCGGUGAGUGGUAUUAACUUGUUGGCUUAAUGUCCAUAGUGAAAUAGGAUAGCUAGCUACAGACUAGUGUUAGGCUACAUUUAAUCACCAUUUAAUCAGUGCAGGAAAACGUUUAACAUGAUAUUCAUAUAUGUGCUGCUAAGUAAAAAAAUCUUCAAUUAAUAAUUAUAAUAAUAUUUAAUAAUAAUUUUGUUAAGAGAAUUUUCCAUUUUGUCAAAUUUUACAAUAAAAAUACAUUGAGACUAUAAAACAUGGCCAUCAGCACAUUUUGCUAUGGUUGCUUUUAAUCUUGCAUCAAAUAGUGAACUGCAUUAUAGACUUCACCAGCAGUAAAUCAUUUUCUAGCACUAGUAUUGAACUACAAAAAGCAAGACAGUUGCAAGAUUUUAAUUACAGUUAUGUAAAGCUUUUGAUGGCACAGUUGGGACAGGGGCGCAAUUAGAUAUUUUGUCAUGGGGGCAAAAAUUCAUGGCAGCGCCCCUGGCUAGAGCACCUCUUGAGAUCAGGGAGUGAGGUUUACACACUUCACAGCUCUGUUACAUCUGCAAUGUUUAUCAAUAAAAGCGUAAUGGCUAAUGCUAACCCCUUGGCUUCAGCGGAACGUCGGAAAGGACACCAGAGCUUAACGUUGUUUUUUUAAAUGAAUGCCAAUGAUUGUUGUUGACCAUUAGGCUUUCUUCAAUUUAAAGUAUUUCAGAUCCUUCCUCAUCCCUGGGUGCUUCUCAAUAUGCCUCCUCGUUUCUUGGCUCCUCCGGAACCUUAUCGUGGUCAGCCAUCUUUAAGGACAUCUCAAUUCUCUAAUGGCACUGGGAGGAUGGAAGGAUCGAGGAGAGAGAGGAGGCUUUCCAAGCAAGAUAUACACAGGUGUUUCCUUUGCGGAAGUGUUUUAUCGACUAAACGUGACGCACAUAUACAUUUUCCUCCCCCUUCACAUUUCCACAUCUUUGGAUCAUAUUCAAACACGCAUAAAUGUUAUGAUGGAGCAUUAUAUUACUGUAAAUGUAGACCUAUUUCAAACAGUAUAGGUAAUUUUCACAUAGUUCAUAUAU